AUGAAGGGAUUUCUUCUCGUUUUUGCCCUCGUGGGUACCUCGUUGACUCAAAACCCUCCACCGAGUCAAUGCUACACGUCUGAUCUCGCGGCCGCCACCGCAGUUUUGGCGCAAAGAAUCGGUCUCCAAAACACAACUGGAAUCUGGAAAGACUACACGAUUCUCAACUAUUUCCUCCUUGAUCAAUGGGGGCAAAACCCCGGAUCGACACAGAAUAUUCUCAACUGUUGCAAUGCAUUGGAUGUUUUCUAUGGAAUGUUGUAUCCAAAGGGGAAUUACUAUUGCUUCUCUCUUAAAAAUCUUCUUUAUACGGGAGCCGAUCCAACUUCAGCCUUCAGUAUCUCGGGCACAUUCGAGCAAUACUCGUUCAAUUGUGGAGCCGGAUUGACAACUCUUCUCCAUGAGAAUCUUCCAUGUGUGCAAAGAGUGGUGGCUGGAUAUCAGAAUACGUUGAAGAAUUGCCUCACCUCGUUCACUCUCAAUGUACUCCAUGAUCCAAUCAACCAGUGCCAAUACCUGACUCAAUGGGAGAACUGCUUCUCGGCGCCAUUCAACACCUCUAUUUGUCGAUCAACAGCCUCUGCCGAUACUUGGUGGGCGUGUGAGAGCGCGCGGCGUUUCGGAAUCAAUCGAGCAAUCAAUUGUGUCAACUCGUGUGAUUAUGUGACAGGACCCCCGAGAGCAGCCGAGUAUUUGGCUGAACAUCACAAGAUUGAUGAGACCGGCACUCAUCUGUUUAAGAUUCCCGACUACUGGGAUAUGGUUGAUGGAGUGAAAACGCUGGUGAAAGGAGCUUGGAUGAAGGAU